AUGUUGCCCGAGCACAAAACGCGCCGCGAGCAGCUCGAGACGAGCCUGCUGCACUCGGGCCGCCACCGCCAGCCCGCGGCGAGCCUGCUGCUCUCGGGAGGCACACUCAAGACCUCGCCGCUCGCGCGUCUCCCGCAGAACCUCUCCACCGAAGCCCUCCAGCACCUCGGCGUCAAGAAAGCGCAGCAAACGGCAGAAAAACCGAGGCGGCGGCGCGCUCGCUCCAAUGAUAUCAGCGGCAGCUACGCCGCCCUCGGUGCCGCCGAUCUAUCUCACGGCUGGCGGGCGGCGGCGGCGGCACGGCUGCGCUCCGGCUCCGGCUCUGCUCCCGCGCCGCUCGACGGCGGCGGCCCGACGGCAAACCAGUUCUCGCUCUCCGUGGCCGGCGUCCUGAUCGGUGCGGGGCUGCUGGGUCUCCCGUACGCAAUGGGCCAGUCCGGCUGGGGCGGGCUGCUGAUCAUUGUCGCCGCGACUCUCGCCACCUGCACGACGGCAAAGCAGCUCAUCUGGUCCUUCGACACGGUCAACGAGCGGUGGGCUCUCUCGGGCGAGGGUCGGCCCGUCCGCUCGUACGAUGAGCUCGCGACCGCCGUCGGUGGGCCGCUCGCCGGAGCGGCCGUGCGCCUCCUGCUCGUGGUCGAGUGCUUCGGUGCGAUGGUCUCCUUCAUUGUGCUGCACAUCUCGAGCUGGCCGGUCGUCUUGGCGGGGCUGCUUCCCAGCGACAGCAAGGUCCUUGUUGCCGUCGCGCUCUGCCUGGCGGUGGCACCGACAACGCUGCUGCGGCCUGCGCACCUGUCGGUCUUCGCGCCGGUCGGCCUCUUCGCGUCGCUCGUCCUCUUCUCCGCCGCCCUGGUCACGCCACUCGUCGAGGAGGGCAGCCCCGUCGAGGAGGGCAGCCCGUGCCCCGCCCUCGGCGACGGCGGCGGCACAGCGGCCAUGCGCCACGACGUCUUCAACCCGCAGGGCCUGGGCGUCAGCGUCGGCGUAGUCCUCUUCUGCUUCGCGGGCCACUCCACCUUCCCCGACCUCUAUCAGCAGAUGCCGGCGAGUGAGAGGGCGCACUUCAGCUCCGCCUUCGACAGAGGCUUCGCCAUCGCCGGCGUCGCGUACCUCCUCUUCGCCGCGGCGGGCUACUCGUCCUUUGGCUCGUGCUCCGCCGGCGCCGUCACAUUCAACCUCAUGCACGCGAACUCCGCCGUCGGCCGCGCCGCCGCCGUCUCCGUCCUCGUCUCCACCUUCACUAUCAUCCCGAUCCAGUUCUACGUCGUGUACCGCAUCCUCUCCGAGAUCCAGUUCUACAGCCGGCGAGCCAGUCCCGACUACCGCGCCAGCGACAACGGCAAGGAGGGCGUCGACUGGCCGCUGGAGCCGGACAGUAAAGGGAGCAGCCCCUGCGUCAGCCUCGACAGCCUCGUGGGCCGCCUCCUCCUCCUCGCCGCCGCCGGGCUGCUGGCGGCCUCCAUCCCCAACUUCCCAUUUGUCAUCGCGCUCAUCGGCUCCUUCACGACCAUGCUAAUCUCGUUCAUCGCCCCCCCGCUCCUCUACGUCGGCGCGCACGGCCGGUCGCUCGGGUGGCGCUCCCUCUCCCUCAACGCUCUGCUAGUUCUGACCGGCGUGGCGGGCAUGGUGGCUGGGGUGCGAAACGCGUUCCUUUCCCUCGAAUGA